UCGAAAACCCCCUCUCCCACCCCCAACCCCCUCCCAACCCUCCUCCAAACCCCCUCCGGCCUCGCCAUCCUCGAGCUCCAAGGAAGCAUAAACCUCCCCCAGGACGCCCACGGCGAGCCCCUCAAGGACGUCGAGGUCGGCAGGCUCGAGUUCCCAGACUACGCGCCCGACGCCAUCGGCACUGCCUGGAUGAAGCGCGUCCACAUGUACAUUGGCCAGCACCAGCGGCUGACGGGCGAGGUCAAGAAGCUGCCCAAGGCGCUGGCCGUGGUGCGCAGGCGGCAGAACAAGGUGCUGGAGGGCUCAGGAGGGACGUAUGUCGAGGAGGGCGACAACAAUCUGGAGGUGGUGGAGAUUGUCAAGUAUAAGCUCAUGUUUGGGAGUCGGCCGGAGCCUGUU